GAAUCAACUCAAGCCUCUCGACUCGUCCUGAGUCUCGUUUCCUUCCGAAUACCUGCAAUCAGAUACCAAGUCCCCAGCAUCAUUAUCUUCGCGAGCCCAGAGACUGUCGAUCACAACAUCAGCGCAGUCACCGUUUCACCUUCGCCGAGAGAACACGUGCUGGCGGCCGAGGAUAUAUAAUUGCUAAUCGCACGGCGACACAGGUUAGAUCGGUGGUCAUUGAACUAUUGGCACUGCUCAGCUUCCGAAUUGCUGGGUGAAGAUUUUGUUUUCUAAAAUUACAUCGUAUUUCGAUUGUGGGGUCAGCAAAUAUUUUGAACUUUUAUUAUCAUUCAACUAAUUGUUAUAAUUCAAAAUACCAAUUCGCCAUCGAUCAUUUGGCACCGAUGAUCUUGAAAAUGAUCCAAGCGUCGAUCCUCGCGAUUCUUCUCGCUUGUCUAACGUGUCUCGUCACGGCUGGUCCAAGAGUCAAAAUUCGAAACGGCACCUUGGAAGGUACCAUCAUGAAGAGCAGACGCGGCGUGGAGUUCGCUGCCUUCAGGGGCAUCCCUUACGCGCUACCACCUCUUGGAGAACUGAGAUUCGAGCCACCCAGACCAGCCGCAUCUUGGUCCGGUCUACGUUCGGCUAAGGAAGAUGCUGGGAUCUGUACCCAACGCAAUAUUUACACGCAUCAGAAAGAAGUCGUUGGAGUAGAGGAUUGUCUUUAUCUCAACGUCUACACCCUUGAACUACCACCCCUCGAGGAUGGUGAUAACACUCUUUGGAACCGGCCUUCCUAUCCGGUGAUGAUCUGGUUCCACGGAGGCGGAUGGGUCACCGGCGCUGGGCACUCUGAAUUUUACGGUCCCAAAUUUCUCCUGGACCAUGACGUCAUCCUCGUCACCGUAAACUUCAGGCUGGGUCCAUUGGGCUUCCUCAGCUACGAGGACCUGAUCUUGCCUGGAAAUCAGGGGAUGAAGGAUCAGGCCCAGUCCAUACGUUGGGUCAGUGAGAACAUUGCUGCCUUCGGGGGUGACCCCAACAGAGUAACUCUCUUCGGGGAAAGUGCAGGUGGCGUUAGUGUUCACUACCAUAUGAUGAGUCCACUUUCAAAAGACCUGUUUCAUCGAGGAAUUUCACAGAGUGGCACCGCUCUGUGCUUUUGGGGACUGACCAGGCCCGGAUUGGCUAAGAAACAGGCCCAACGUCUUGGUCGAUAUUUGAAUUGUCCUAAUCAAGAUUCGAAGUCAUUGCUAUCCUGUCUUCGUGAAAAAGACGCUGUUGACAUUAUUGGCACCGACAAAGAAUUUCAGGAAUUCGAUUACUGCCCAAUGAUCCCAUUCAGACCGGUCAUCGAGCCAGAUCAUCCUGGCGCAUUCCUCAAGGAAGAUCCAGCAGUCUCAUUGAAGGCCGGACGUAUUGCUGAUAUUCCAUGGAUGACUGGUAUCACGUCCCACGAAGGAGCCCUCAGAGUUGCUGGUCUUUUGGGUCUCAACGAUGGCGAAUUGGCCAGAAAGCUGAACGACGACUUCAUGACUAUUGCUCCCAUGAGUCUACUCUACAGGGAUAAAUGCCCUGCGGAUCGUAUUGAGAAUGUGACGAAGUCUAUUCGCGAGUUCUACUUUGGUGAUCGGCCAAUCGAUCAAUCGACCAAGUUCGAUCUUAUCGACCUUUACUCGGACGCCUGGUUCUCCAUUGCUGCUGAUAAUGCAGUCAGGGAUCAUCUGAAUGUCCUUGCUAGUCCAGUUUAUUAUUAUUAUCUUGCGUACAGAGGAAGCGCUUCCUUUAGCUCUAUUUUUGGAGAUCCAAAAGGGGAGUAUGGCGUUUGUCAUGCGGAUGACUUGCAGUAUCUUUUCCCUGUUGGGGAACAAUUGUUCAAGGAGUUUCCAUUGAGCGUGGAUGAUCACAAAGUGGUCGAUAUAUUUACCAGUCUUUGGUAUAAUUUUGCCAAAUCAGGAAAUCCAACACCUGUGCUCACGAAAGAGAUUCCAAUCAAAUGGAAACCAGUGAGGACUCUGGAUCUUGAAUAUCUACACAUUGGAAGUCCAAAGGAAUUGUUUAUGGCUGACAAUCUUAUACACGAGAGAGUUAAGUUCUGGGAGAAAUUAGGAAUCGUGGGAGUUGAUGAUUCCCAACGUCAUUUUAUGGAAUCAUCUCAACUCAGAGACGAGUUAUAAGUUUUUUAUAAAAUCUUGAGAACGUUUAAUCGUUCCUUUAAUUAGGCGAUUGGUAUCCGCUGUGAAUCGUGAUUGGUAUUAUUCUUUUUUUUAUUUCAUUGAAUAUCUAAUAAUUGUUUCACGCGAAAAGAGAAUUUCUAUAUUUAUCUAUCGUUAUAUCCCUUGAUUCGUGUAAAGAGGAAUAUAAUUUAUGCAAAUUGUUUAUUAUGCUUUUAGAUCUUAUUCCUCAUUCGAUCAAUAUUAAUAUUGCAUUAUACUAUUUUUUCUUUCUCUUUA